AUGGGCGAAUGGGGAUUCUUGAGUUCCUUGCUAGAUGCAGUGCAGGAGCACUCACCCAUGGUUGGACGCUUCUGGCUGGUGGUGAUGCUCAUCUUCCGUAUCCUCAUUCUAGCCACAGUGGGCAGUGAUGUCUUUGAUGAUGAGCAGGAAGAGUUUGAGUGCAACACUAAGCAGGUGGGAUGCAAACAGAUUUGUUAUGACUUGGCAUUUCCCAUUUCCCAUUACCGUUUCUGGGUUUUCCACAUUGUAGUGCUCUCAGCCCCAGCUGUUCUGUUUGUCAUCUAUUCUAUGCACCAGACUACCAAGAUCAACCGUGGCUUGAAGGAAAUUGAAGGAAAUCAGGAGGAAGCCAAUCAGUCAGGGAGGAAAGUUCAGGAACAAUUUGAACUCCAGCCCAGUCAACGAACCCGAAAUAUUCAGACUUUCUACAUAGUCAAUGUCAUAGUAAGAAUCUUGGCUGAGAUGGGCUUUCUAGUAGGACAGUGGAUGUUGUAUGGCUUCCAAGUAGGAUAUCAAUACAUCUGCAAGCAUCGUAUGUGUCCUCAUCUCAUUGAUUGCUUUGUAUCUCGGCCAACCGAGAAGACCAUCUUCAUUCAGUUCUAUUUCAUGGUGGGGCUUGUUUCAGCUUUCCUCAGCCUGGCAGAGCUAGCUCAUCUGUUGCUCAAGAAGCGGUGCCGGAGAUGUCAUGUGAUCACUCCUCCUGCUACUACAUCAUAUGAACAGCAGGACAAUUGGUCCAAUCAGAAACAAGAGAAAUCACAGCACUUUCUUGCCCCAGCUGAUGGAGGUACCAAAGGGACAUCAUCUCAUGAUGUGAUUGCUAACCAUUAUGAAUCCAAGGCUCAUUAUCAGCAUAAGAAUUCCACCAAGAGCAGCCGAUCUUCUCGCUCUUCGGCAAGAGGCGACUUAACAGUAUAA